CACUCUCCCCACUUGCAGGAAAACCUCUUUACAUUCAGAUCUAAUUGGAUUGGAAGGAGGAAGGCUGACCACGGAACAGAGGGAAGCCGUCCUCCCGCUGCUCCUCCUCCUGUCAUUUAUCGCUUGCCUCCUGACUCUUCCAAAGCAAGCUCAGCAGGGCCAAGGUGGCUGCAGAACAUCCAGACAAGGGCCAGCACCUACUUAGCUGCCCUGUGCAUCCCGGGCUACCCAUUAGCUGGUCACCGGCCCAGGCCACUGGGACCACUUCUCAUGGCUGUGGCCUCCGCUGCCCCAGGGAGCAUCUUCUGUAAGCAGCUCCUCUGCUGUCUCCUGGUUCCGUUGUUAUUUUGUGAUGCUUAUCAGAAAAUUGUUUUACAAGUUCCUUCUUAUAUUCCGGCAAAUAAAGUAGUCGCAAAAGUGGAUCUGAAGAAGUAUGCCAACUCCCAUGCCACAAUCGCUGACACCAGCGCCAACCCAGAGGACUUUCGAGUUGACCCAGAUGGCACAAUUUAUGCAAUGCGUGACCUCCACUUGUCUUCGAUGACAUAUUUUACCAUUUCAAUCUCAAAUUUAGAUGAACAAAAGAUGGCACAGGUGUCACUGGAGCCAUCUACAGAAAAGACUCCUAAGAAUAGACAUCCCCAUAACACAUCCCUCAGGCGGAGCAAGAGGAGAUGGGCUCCUAUUCCCUGUUCACUGAUGGAGAACUCAUUAGGUCCAUUUCCACAGCAUGUCCAGCAGAUUCAAUCUGAUGCUGCACAGAAUUACACUGUUUUUUACUCCAUAAGUGGACCAGGAGUGGACAAAGAGCCCUUCAACCUGUUCUACAUAGAGAAAAACACUGGAGAUAUUUAUUGUACAAGAAGCAUUGACCGUGAGCAGUACAAUCAGUUUUUGGUGUACGGCUAUGUGACCACUGCAGAUGGCUAUGCACCAGAUUUUCCACUGCCCUUGUUAUUUAAAGUUGAAGAUGAUAAUGAUAAUGCCCCUUAUUUUGAAACCAAAAUGACAAUUUUUAGUGUGCCUGAAAAUUGCAGAUCUGGCACUUCUGUGGGUCAAGUGACUGCUGUAGACCUUGAUGAACCUGGCACCCUUCAUACUCGUCUGAAAUAUAAAAUCUUGCAACAAAUCCCAGAUCAUCCAAAGCAUUUCACUGUACAUCCAGACACAGGCGUCAUUACAACAACUACUCCUUUCCUGGAUAGAGAGAAAUGUGAUGCUUACCAGUUAAUAAUGGAAGUGCGAGACAUGGGGGGCCAGCCUUUUGGUUUGUUUACUACGGGAACAAUUACCAUUUCACUUGAGGAUGAAAAUGACAAUUCUCCAUACUUCACACAAACUUCUUAUUUUACUGAAGUAGAAGAAAACAGAAUAGAUGUUGAGAUUUUACGGAUGACGGUGCAGGACCAAGACUUACCAAACACUCCUCACUCCAAGGCUGUAUACACGAUCUUACAGGGAAAUGAAAAUGGUAACUUCAAAAUUAGCACAGAUCCAGACACAAAUGAAGGCGUCUUGUGUGUUGUCAAGCCAUUGAACUAUGAACUCAAUCGCCAAGUCAUUUUGCAAGUUGGUGUACUUAAUGAGGCACAGUUCUCUAAAGCAGCAAACUCACCACUUCCUAAAAUGUGUACUACAACUGUCACUGUUAAAAUUAAAGACAGUGACGAGGGCCCUGAAUGUCAACCACCAGUAAAAGUUGUUCAGAGUAAGGAUGGCUUCCCAGCUGGCAAAGAGAUCCUUGGUUAUAAAGCACUGGACCCGGAAACACGCGAUGGUGCCGGCUUAAGGUAUAAAAUGCUAAAAGAUGAAGGUGGCUGGUUUGAGAUUGAUGAAAACACUGGAAACUUGAAAACUGUAAAAGAACUAGAUAGAGAAUCAAAAUUUGUAAAAAACAACCAGUACAAUGUCUCAGUAGUAGCGAUGGAUGCAGUUGGCCGAUCCUGCACAGGAACAUUAGUAGUUUUCUUGGAAGAUUUAAAUGAUCACCCACCACAAAUUGACAAAGAUGUCACCAUUUGUCAGCACAAUCAAGAUUACGCUAUUCUGGAACCGGAAGACCCAGAUGGGCCUGAAAAUGGUCCACCUUUUCAUUUCCAGCUGGAUAGUUCUGUCAACAAACUUUGGACUGUAGAAUCAAAGGAUGGUAAACGUGCCAUUCUUCGUGGACGGCAGCAACUCGAAAAUAACUAUUAUUCUGUGCCUAUCCACAUACAAGACAGACAUGGCAUUUCUGCAAAACAUAUCUUGUCAGUGAGAGUCUGUGACUGCACGAUUCCCUCUGAAUGCAGAAUGAGUGUGGUGGAUGACAGGGAUGUUAAAGUGCCAAGCUCAAACGUAAUUCUUGGAAAGUGGGCGAUUCUCGCCAUGAUUUUAGGUUCUGCAUUGUUACUGUGUAUGUUGUUUACAUGUUUCUGUAUUACUACUAAGACAACAGUAAAGAAACGUUUUCCAGAGGAUGUAGCCCAGCAAAACUUAAUUGUAUCAAAUACUGAAGGACCCGGAGAAGAAGUAACGGAAGCGAACAUUAGACUCCCUAUGCAGACAUCUAACAUUUGUGACACAAGCAUAUCUGCUGGUACUGUUGGUGGCCAGGGAAUUAAAAGACAGCAAAGCUUUGAUAUGGCCAAAGGAGGCUACACUUUGGAGUCCAGCAAAGGAGGUGGCCAUCAAACCUUGGAGUCCACAAAGGGAGUGACAGACAUCGGCAGAUACACCUACACCGACUGGCAGAGCUUCACCCAGCCUCGGAUCGGCGAAAAAGUGUACCUGUGUGGGCAAGACGAGGAGCACAAACAUUCCGGAGACUACGUUCGCUCAUACACCUACGAGGGCAAAGGUUCUUUGGCCGGCUCGGUGGGCUGCUGCAGCGAUCGGCAGGAGGAAGAAGGGAUGGAGUUUCUAGACUACCUGGAACCCAAAUUUAGGACGUUAGCAAAGACAUGCAUAAGGAAAUAAAUGCGCCUUUUAGGAGAGUAACAUCUAAAAUGCAGGUGUGGGAGUCUAUGGGAUAGCAAACGAUGACAGCAGCCUCUGCUCGGGAUUCUGCCUAGCGGAGGGAGCUGUGUUUAUUACUGUAACUACGAGGCUCCCCCAGCUCUCCGAGUCCGCCAGGGCUUCCGCAUCCCUCCAGGCCAAAGCUGCACCGCCCGGUCUCUGUCCUGCUUGUACAUACUGCUCUGUCCUUUUAAGACUGCACAGGGUAUGCUCUCGCACCUUCUAUGGAUUUGAAAACUGCCGCUGCCUUGUACGCUGUGAAAAGUCUGUGCAAGGGUUGGGUAUUGCGAAGGCUAUUCCGAAUGAAUUUUCACUUUAGAUGUACAAAUUAAAAUGUUUCUUCAAAAUCACGGGGAAAAUUAUGAUUUGGGGCUUAUUUUCUUUAGCGCCAGAGAAGGAUGGUAUUCUUAAGUGUGGCCUUCUGUUGGUAAAUGAGUUCAUUUCUUACUUCCUUCCACUCCUCAGAGGAGGGUCUCCCAGGACCUUCAGAGCUUAGUCCUGGGGUUGUUGCCCAGGUGAUUGUGCUGCCUGGUACCUACAGCCUCAGGAUUGUAGGAAAAACCUAGACUAGUAGCAUGGGCAGCAGAGACUUUGCCGAGGAUUAUGUAAAAGAAUUGCAACCCUGAUGCCUGUGAGUUAAUUUAGGCUCUAAAGUAUGUUUCACAGGGAUUGGUGGCUCACACCUGUAAUCCUGGCACUUAGGAGGCUGAGUCAGGAGGAUUGUCACAAAUUCAAGGUCAGUUUAGGCUACACUGAGUUCAAGGCCAACCUGGAACACGUGAGAAGACCCUGUUUCAACCCUGCCCUCAAAUGUUUCAUAUGUCUAACAUGACUUACUAAUAAGUCUUUAAAAAUAUAAAUAUAUUGGCAAACCCUUUUAACCUCUGGUUGGACACAGACCUCACCUCAGUGGCUUUCAUCCUGUACAUCCAAGCAUCUGUACAAUGAGUCCUGAAGGCAUCAGACUACAAUUCUGACACACAAAGCUUGGCACUUUCUAUAUGGUAAAAAUUUAGUUCACUUCUACAUUAGAAUUUAAUAUUCAGUCUACAUUGGUAAUUACUCUUUUAAAAUGGAAAAUCAGAAAUAGUAGCUAACACCUAUAUGAAUGCAUUAAAAAAUUAAAACUUAUUAUAGCAACAAUGACCACGCAUUCCUUGAAUGUUGGAUAAAUGUACAAACACAAAAGUAAAUUAUUUUGAAGUCAUACAAUUUUAAUGGGAUGUAACAUUUUACUCAUCUAGAAAUAAGAUAUAUAUUUAAGUAAUCUCUUAGUCACUUGUGGCAAGCUCUGUAAAGCUAUGCAGGAUAACAAUAUAUAUUAUGUGGAAAUUUCUCAAAUUAAAUUGUUUUGUUUAAACUAUUCACUAGCUGUCCUUAAAAAAAGUGAUCUUUUUUGUUCUUGUAAAUUUUUUGGCUAGUCUUACAAUCUCAGUUUCUAAGGAAAGGUGCGUCUCAAUAAGAAAUUGGAUUUUGGAGCAAAAGAAAAAUGUAGCUUUAAUAAGCCAGAUUUGGUCUUAUAACAUGUUUACUAUGUAUGAGUUUUACAGUCACUGUAAGGUUAUAGGGGAAUUUGUACUGUUUGACAUAAAUGUUACUUGGACAGUGAUAGGAGUUUUGAAAUUUAAAAUAUAGUAUUAUAAAUUUGAAUAUAUCAUAGUAUCAUAAGUUGUAUUUUUGAAUGUAGAUAUAGUUGUUCUAUGAGUAAUUAAAAGUAUUAGCUGAAUGUUAACUUAUAUGUGCUCAUUUUCCUAUUUCUUUGUGACUUGCUUAAACAUGUAACAAAAAAUCAAGUAUAAAGUUUGUGUAAUAUCCUGAGGCGGAUUUCUCAGUCAGCAACAGAUGAUGUUCUGAAGGAUUACUAGAAUGUUGGAAAUGAAUUUUUAUUAAGAAGUUUGAAUAUUUAAAAUAUUUGGAAGUAUUAUUAAAAUUUAUCCCACAAAGAAAGAUCAAAGAAUAACUUGAUUAAUGUCUUUAGGCAAUUUAAUGUCUUUAGGCAAUUCAAAGUCAUUUUCUGUUUAAACUCAAUAAUACAUGAUAAUUGUAUGAUUGAUGAAAUUUAUGAAACUCCAUCAAACUGUUUAAAAUUAGUUUGUUAAUAAAAUACUU